GUAACUUUGCGAAUGGUUUCCAGCAGAUUCCAUGUAAUAUAGUAUCGACGUUAUUGCAGUCUGAACUACGUAGUUUGAAGCUAAAUAAGGAAUAAUAUUAUUUCAUUGGAAAAAAUGUCUGAAGGAAGGAUACCAAAACCUCAACUUCGAGACUUACACAUUACAAAGGCUGGAAAGAGUUUAGGAAUUGGGGUGGUUGUUGCUGUUGGAUGUGGUAUUACCUACAAAUUAUGUAUUUCUAAUCCUCAUAAUCGGAAAGUUGAAGAAUUUUACAAAACUUAUGAUCCAAUGAAAUCAUUAAAGAUAAUGAAUGAUGCUGGACUUAUGGAAUCUACUUCAAAAUGAACAUCAUACACA